AUGUCUCUAAGGCAACGAAUCAAGAAAGGGAGUAAGUACAAAGUCAGCUCUGUCAUCAAAAGGCUAACCAAAAUAACCGAAAACAUAGCCGGUAUUGUCUCAAAUCAGGGAAAAGCCCAUAAUGACCUUGAUGCUUUUAGGGAAGUUUUUAAGAGAGUAGCUGCGGCCAAACCACCCACUUACCUUGGCAAGGUAGACCCAGCAAGCUUAGAAAAUUGGGUGAGAGAGUUCGAUAAACUUUUUGAUGCUAUAAAUUGUCCCGAGGAAUUAAAAGUCAAUAAUGAUGUUUAUUACCUUAGAGAGGAAGCCGAUUUAUGGUGGAGUCAAAGGAGGAAUGACUUACUGAGUAUUCCUAACUUUGGGUGGGCUGAAUUUAAGGAAGCUUUAAGAGAGAAGUUUUACCCUUCCUACUUGAGGAAACAAAAGUGUAUGGAGUUUACUAACCUUAGGAUGGGGAACAUGACAAUUAAUGAGUAUUAUAGCAAGUUCAUUGAGUUGAUGAGAUUUGCACCUGAGGUAGUACCAACUAAAGCACUUAAGGCACAGAGUGUCCAAAGGAUAGAAGAAGGAGAUAUAGAGGAUAGGAAAAAUAUUCCAGUAGUAAAUGAAUUUCUUGACGUUUUUCCUGAAGAAAUUCCAGGGAUGCCACCUGUGAGGGAUGUUGAGUUUACUAUAGACUUAGUGCCCGGGACAGGACCUAUUUCAAAGGCUCCAUAUAGGAUGGCCCCGGCUGAGAUGAAAGAGUUGAAGACUUAG